UUUCUUUCUGAACCCAUGUUCUCUCUGUCUGAAGAGAAGCCAACGUUACGCUUCAGCUGGCGCGGCCACCGUCACAAUCGGAUUGCUUAUGACUAAUACUGAGGGUCACAUGACCACCGGGUUUCCCUGAUUGGAUGCUCACGCAUGCUCAAAAGCCUGGCACAAGCGAGAUGCCGACAGUUACUGUGGGAGAGAAAGGAAAAAAAAACAGAAACGACUGGAACAGAAUUGGGAAGUGAAGAAAAGGUUGAGGAUGUGUUUGUGACUAGAGGAGAGAGAUGAAGAGGGAUGAUGUAAACAACAGGAUGAAGCUUGAGCUCGAACUACACCAGUGUCAACAGUUUUAACACAGAAGACUAAGAGUAGAACCUCCACCGAGCUAAGAAGAACCGAGCGAUUCCAAAGUCAGGAAACAGGAGACGGGAUGAAGCAGGGGUCGUGUAUCAGGAGUGUGAGCGAGUGGCGUGAGGUGGAUUUCGCUCAUAACUGCACCCACGUGGUCCACGACCAGCCGUCUGAGCCUGGCUUCCACCUUCCCAGAGCCAUGACCUCCAUCCCACACAAUCUCACCUUCCAGUACGACUCUGACAACGAGGUGACUGGUGUUUUCACUAAGCACUUCCUCCCCCAGGGCACACGCCUCGGCCCCCUGCAGGGUGACGUUUACGCCAAAGACGCGGUGCCACCUCGUGCUAGCAGGAAAUAUUUUUGGAGGAUUUACUCCAGCGGGCAGCUUCACCACUUCAUUGAUGGAUGUGACGUACAGCGCAGCAACUGGAUGCAUUUUGUAAACCCGGCGCGUUCCCCGGCCGAGCAGAACCUGGUGGCCUGUCAGAACGGACCUGAUGUCUUCUUCUACACCGUCAGACCUGUGGAGCCUCAGCACGAGCUGCUGGUGUGGUACAGUCAGGAGUUUACCAGGAGGCUGUGUGGACACACGGACAAGCAAACAGACAGCGGGAAGAUGAAGCACUUUGGUGGUGAUGUUAUUGAAGCUGACCUCCAGAAGCACCGCCUACCUCAGUGGACCUGCCAUCCCAAACAGGCAUCGCACCAUUACAGCCUACACAGUCAGGAAGAGGUCACAAAGGACAAGGCUGGGGAGGUUGUGGAGGCUGAGGAGAAGAUUGAUGUGGAAGCCAUUGAUCAGGACACACCACCCAGCACUCCAGAUCAGCACUUAAUGGACUCUAAUAUGAGGGAUGCUCAGGAAAGCACACACAAAUCACAACCUCAUCUUGUUUCCCGGUCGUGUCCUGAACGGGACCUUCCGCUGUAUCCCCAUGGCUAUUACAGCCCCAGGGAAGACUUGACACGAUACCCUUCUCUGAUGCACACCUACCCUUUUUUACCUCCUUUUGACACUCAUUAUCCCCUUCUUCUAAGCCCCUAUACACAUCCCAUCACAUCUAUGCCACCCCCCAGAGGAUCAUUCCCCUACAGCAAUAUGCUGGCAAGAGAAGCUUUGCCCUUUUCAGCCAUGACUCAGUCAAGUCUGCUUUCUGGUUAUCAACCUUCUCCUGCCCUACAUCCUCAUACCAGUCUGGAAGGGCAGCCUGCAAGUGCAUCACCUCCCCAGGGUGCCCCAGCAACCCCUGAACUCUCUCCCACCAUCAAGCACUACCCGGGGUCUGAGAGUCUGUCCGAGGAGGCAAUUAACCUCAGUUUGACUGAUACACCAAAGACCAGAUCUCUGACAUCAUCAUCGUCUUCGGUUUCACCACACAGUCUAGGUUACAAGUCCCUGCCGUACCCACUAAAGAAACAGAACGGAAAGAUCAAGUACGAGUGCAACGUCUGUUUCAAGACCUUCGGCCAGCUGUCCAACUUAAAGGUGCACUUGAGGGUGCACAACGGAGAGAGGCCGUUUCAGUGUCCGCUGUGCAAGAAGUGCUUCACCCAGCUGGCACAUUUACAGAAACAUCAUCUCGUCCACACUGGAGAGAAACCUCAUGAGUGUGAGGUGUGCCAGAAGCGUUUUAGCAGCACCAGCAACCUGAAGACGCACCUGCGCUUACACUCGGGGGAGAAGCCCUACCAGUGCAAAGUCUGUGGCACCAAGUUCACGCAAUACAUCCACCUGAAGCUGCACCGCCGCAUGCACAGCUCGAGCGAGCGACCGCAUUGCUGCCCGUUGUGUCACCGUGGCUUCCUCCAUCACUUUUCCCUCAGGCUGCACCGUCACUCAGGGUGUUGCACCGCCAAUUCCCAGGCUGAAACAAGCGAGCUGAGGUACGCCGCCGAGAUCCUCGAGAGGUUUGACGUCAGCGCCGAGGCUGAAGCUCUUUCGGAGAAUUCGUCGGCGACCGAAGUCGAUGCCACUUUGGAGAGGUGGCUGGAGCUGGAAGAUCGACCCAAACCCGGGCACUUUAAAGCAUCUGACUCUGACCUGGUCAACAUCUCAGAACCAGGGAAAUUGCAGGAGAGGGCCAGCGUGGUGUGUUUCGGUGGUGAAGCCAGAGUGCAAUGAGGAAGAAAAGGGAAAAAUGUUCAAACUCGAAAACGUCUGCUAUAGAGCGUAAUAGUCUGUGCCAGAAAAAAUAUCCUGAGAGGACGAGAGCUAAUCCAAAGCAAGCACCAAAUACAUAAACAGCAUUUCCAAAGAGUUAAUAAUUGCACGUAAGCCUUCUGGUCUUAGGUGGAGAGGGAAGGCGAUCAGUUCCACCUUUUCUACUUGUGUUUAUUUUCUUAUUUUUAUUUUGUUUGUUUCUGAGUUCAUAUUAAUUUAUUACUCUCAGCACUAUUCGUGUUUGGUUUUAGAAACGUAUAAAAUGUUGUUUUUGUACAUUGUUGUUGUUGUUGUUGUUUUUUUUCUUAGCACAUUUUGUCAAUCAGGGAAUGGAAUCGUUAACAAAAUAUAUCAGGGGUUUGUUGUGUGAAUGUUUUCAGAGGAAGCUGUUUCUCAGCAGCUGUACCGUAACUCGAGGUUUAAAAAUAGUUACGUAAUGUCUCGUUGGCUCACUUCGUUAAAGAGAAGUUAACUAGCAUUUUAUUAUUUAUUUGUUAGAGUUAGUCCUUCUUUGCUGUCUGUAUUAUUGAGUAAUUCACUGAACUGAAUCUGCGGUGUGUGUGUUGUCCUGAGCACCAAAUCGACAGCGGGAAGUGAAGUUUUUAUGCAUCUCAGGACACAUCAGGUGUAAUUUAUUACUCUACAUUCUCUUUUAAUUUAUUGAACUUUAGCACUGGAAAAAGCAGGAUCUCCUUCCAUGUGCACGGUUACUGUUACGUAGCGAUGACAAGAAUUUGUUUACUGAUUUGUUGUUGUUUUUUUCAUGUAGGAUUUGUGUAUAGUUUUGUAUUUUUUUUAAUGUUGAUACUUUAUAUGCCAAAGUUUAUUUUCACUUAACUUUUGUAAUGUAGCACAUUAAAUAUUUCUUCUCAAAA